AUGGCAACCGAACGUACUUACAUUAUGGUCAAACCAGAUGGUGUUGAGCGAGGUCUUGUUGGUGAGAUUAUUAAACGUUUCGAGAAUAAAGGUUAUCAAUUGUUGGCUCUUCAAAUGAUUAAACCAACCAAAGAACUUCUGGAAGAGCAUUAUACUGAUCUCAAAGAGAAACCCUUUUUCCCGGGUCUCAUUAAAUAUAUGUCAGCUGGUCCUGUUGUUGGAAUGGUAUGGAUCGGAAAAGAUAUUGUGAAAGUCGGUCGUCGGCUUCUUGGUGAGACGAACCCGCUUGCAUCGAAUCCUGGCACUAUUCGUGGUGACUUUGGAAUUGAUGUCGGACGUAAUCUCUGCCAUGGUUCCGAUAGUCCAGAUAACGCUGAAAGAGAAAUUAGCUUAUGGUUCCCUAAUGGAGUAGUUCAAUGGGAUCCGACAGAAAAUAAUAUGACACAAAAAGAUUUGGUAGAAGUUGUCGCAACAUUCGCGAUUAUCGAUGGUCAUGCACAUCCGUUGCUCACAAACCAGAACUGGCAUACAUAUCCAAUUGAAGCAGCAUUCACCGAAGCAACGAAUCCUGCCUUACAAGAUUCCACACAUACACUUUCCCUUAAAAGAGGGAUAAAAAAAUUGACUCAACUCUCUUCCAAACUAUAUGGUCCCGAGAUUUCUUCACCCUCUUCUCAAUUAGAAUCCCUCAAAACUCAACGUGCGCAACACUCUUUUGAAGAAUGCUGUGAAACGUGUUUCAAAGCACCUAACGUCAAUAUUCAGUGUAUUUUAUUUGAUGACGGUUUGUACGGUGAUUUUCAGUCGUUAGAGAGUCAUGCUGGGUUGGUUGACCAGGUUAGACGUGUUGUGAGAAUUGAACGCGUUGCCGAGGAAAUUUUGGAAAACCUAUCUUUAGGUCGUGAAGAAGAUAUUGAUUUAUCUCGAUUUGGAUCUUUGUUGCGAGAAAAACUUAUCGAAUUAGCGAAAGAUGAUAAUGUGGUUGCAUUUAAAUCUAUCGCUGCCUAUCGUACUGGAUUAAAUAUUAAUGCCCAUAAAGAAGAGAAUCCCAAAAUUGAGGAUGCUCUGAUUGAGAUUCUCCAAAAAUCUCGCAGCAACAAAUCUCAACUUCAACCUGUUCGAAUUGAUGAAAAGGUGGUGAUUGAUUUCAUUGUUAAUAUUGGAAUAAAAAUUGCUAGUGAUUUUAAAAAACCGAUUCAAUUUCACACCGGAUUCGGCGAUAAUGAUCUCGAUCUCAUUUAUAGUAAUCCACUUCAUUUGAGAGCGUUAAUCGAGAAAAAUCCUGAUGCGAAAAUUGUACUUUUACAUGCUUCGUAUCCAUAUACGCGUCAAGCCGGAUAUCUUGCUUCGGUAUACAAUAAUGUAUUUGUUGAUAUCGGGAUGAUCUUUCCUCAGAUCUCUCGUUAUGCACAAUUACAAACACUGCAUGAAAUUAUCUCUCUCACUCCUACGAAUAAGAUAUUGUUUUCUACUGAUGGACAUCAUGUGCCCGAAGUCUUUUAUUGCGCUGUAGUUGAUGCAAGAGACACCUUAACAAAAGUUUUAAUAGAGACAAUUGAAAACGGUGAUCUCAGCAACGAAGAGGCGAUUGAAAUCGCAAAGAAAAUAUUAUUCUUUAAUGCGAAUUCAGUUUAUAAUCUCUCGCUUACACCGAAAUCAUUAGAAACAACACUACCAAUUUCAGACGCGGAAGUGAAUCCUAUUCAAGCGAUAAGAAAAUUCCGUGCUAAUGGUGCCAAAUUUGUUCGAGUUGACUGGUUGGAUAUAAGUAACAUCCACCGUCAUCACGUAAUACCAAUCGAGAGAUUCGAAAAACACACGAUAAACUCAGGGGUAUCAGUAGCAAAAGUUGUACAAUGUCUUCCUUACUGUAACGACGCAAUAAUACCAAACUCAUUAAACGCCACAGGAGAAAUAUUAUUAAAACCCGACCUGAAAACACUUAAACAGACAGCAUUUCCAGCCCAAAUUAGAGCCCAUUCAUUUAUGGUGGAAAAAAUCACUGGUAGACCAUUCGAACUAUGUCCUAGAUUGUUGUUGAAAAAAAUUGUGGAUGAUGCGUAUAAGGAGUUUGGAGUGAAAUUUUUGAUUGGCUUUGAAUCUGAAUUUUGUGUGAUUAAUACAAGUGAAGAUGGUUCUUUUAAACCGAUCGAAGAUUCUGUGUAUGCAGCGAGUUCUGCUAUGCGCUGUCCUCUUUGGAUUAGUUCUGCUCUUGAAGAGAUUGCAGAGUCAUUACUUGAACAAGAUAUUGAAGUCGAACAGUAUGAAAUGGUGACUGGGCCAGCGCCACCUUUAGAAUCAAUUGAUAAUCUAGUUUCGACCAGACAAACGAUCUAUGAUAUUAUUGCUAAAUAUGGGCAUCAGGCGACCUUCUUACCGAAACCUUUUCCUGAUCAAGCCGGUAAUGGGUCACAUCUUCAUUUAUCCCUGACAACGGAAAACAAAGAUUCGUCCAAUAAUGAUAGAUUAUCAAAAUACGAACAAUCAUUCAUUGCGGGCACAUUACGACAUCUUCGUGCCCUUUGUGCCUUGACAUUGCCCACACCAAAUUCGUAUCAUCGUAUAGUCAAUGGAUGUUGGGCCGGGUCUACUUAUGUUUGUUAUGGAUAUGAAAAUCGAGAAACACAAAUUCGCAUUUGUUAUCGUGGCGGAUCAUAUAAUUUUGAGCAUCGAUUUUUGGAUGCGACUGCUAAUCCUUACAUUGCUGCCGCUGCAUUGAUUGCCGCCGGUAUAACUGGCAUGAGGGAAGGAUUGGAUUUAUCAAAGAACAAACCCAUUGAAGUCGACCCUGCAACUCUUUCCGACCAAGAACGACAUGCUUAUGGAAUUACUGAUCGAAUACCUCUUUCUCUCCGUGAAUCAUUGAAUGCAUUUAAGAAAGACGAAGUUUUACAAGAUGUUUUGGGAAAAGAAUUUUCGAGGAUUUAUUUGACUGUGAAGGAGGGUGAACUUGCUUUUGCAGAAAAUUUGAAUUCUCAAGAGCUCAUAAAAGUUUUGAUUUCGAGAUAUUAG